AUGGACGAUUAUAUGUUUCGGUAUUAUGUCAAUGAAUGUCGCACUGUUUACGAGGACACGGGCUACGUCGAGAUCUUCAAUUAUUCGGAUCCCUUGUAUAAUUCCUCCGAGGAGCAUCCUUUACCGGAUGACGAGUUUGACAAUUUUCUGCAUCGGAGGGGCGCCUUUGCACCACCGGACAACCUGCGACAUGGCACCAAACUACUCAGUGGUGUUCGGUUAAUAGUUCAGAAGAAUGCCAAGCAUAACGACACCUUUCUGUCAAAGGUCAUCUCGCUGCCUUGCGACAGGUAUGCAUCCAUGGUUCGUGAGCUGAGGCUGCCCUUUCGCGGCAUCGAGACAACAUCAGUGGUCGGGCCCUUCUUCUGGUGCGCAUACGACCAAGAUGACGAUGACCCUCACUUGCAAAUCAUCCACCGCAAGUCAGAUGUGCUCAAGAAAGGCAAAACCCGCGGCUGGGAGAUGCUCCUUUCCUACUCAUUCAAGACCGGUAUAACUACUGGCUUCAUCAAGGGAACCCCAAGCUCUGAGGUCGAAAAGACGCUCGUCCACCUCCAAGCCUGCGCUGCUGAGGUCGGCCACCCAAUGUUGCUCCCCAUCAUCAUACUCUCCUACGACCUCUCUCCAGAGAAUGAUAACAAGCAACGCAAGGCGCGGCACUGGCUUCGUCGGCUCGAAAACGCCGUCAGUCUACGAAACGAGGUCGAGGAGCAAGAGCAGUAUUUCCAAGACGGCCUCAUAGACGUUGACGGAUUGAACCGUGACCUCGUCGAAUGCCACGGCAACGUCAUGUGGAAGCGGCCCCAGGCGUAUAUGGCCCUUGCCAAGGAGAUGGAGAAGGCUAUGGAGAACUUUCGUUAUCUGUGGAACACAACUGCAAGCGAGGAUAUGUGCGAAGCUGAACGCAAGUAUCGCAAGGAGCUCGACAAGCUGCAUCGGAGCAUGGUGGCUCGGCUUGACUUUUACAAGGUGAAGCUUACGGGAUUGGAAAACUACAUCCACACGACUCUGGAAAGGCUCAAGGUCCAACGCGAAGCGCGUGAGGCACGGCUUAAUCUCGAGAUUGCCGGAGAACAGAGGAGGAUAGCCCACGCCAGCAAGCGGGAUAGCACAGCCAUGAAGACUCUGUCGCUCAUGGGUGCCCUCUUUCUCCCAGGAACAUAUCUCGCUUCUGUCUUUAGCAUGACAUUCUUUGAUUUUGGAAAAGGUGCCGACCCCGUUGUCUCUAUCCAACUCUGGGUCUACUUCGCCAUAGCAGUCCCUGUCACGGCUCUCAUCGUUGGAUGCUGGAUGUACCUCGACAGGCGUCGCCGGGAGCAGCACAAGAAGGACGACGCGGACCUGGAGAAGAACAUUGACAAGAUGGAAAAGGAGAUCAUGUUUGCUUUGCGCAAGCGGACCAUGAGCAAGGCCAAUACCUGGAACACGGCCAACCCGCCCCCAAAGACUUGA